UCCCCAAUUUCCAAAUACUCAUACAAUCACCAUUAACCAUAAAAAAAAAAGACAAAACAAACGAACAAACAAAUUUCCCCAAUUUCCCAAUUCAUACAUCUUUAGGGAUUGGUUUUGAACUUCCAAUUCCCAAAUUCAGAUAUUAAUUACUCAAAUCAAGAACAAAAAAAGAGGGCCAAAUGUACGGGUUCGAAGCUAUGACAUUCAACAUCCACGGCGGUUACUUGGAAGCGAUCGUGAGAGGCCACAGGGCGGGACUCUUAACCGCCGCCGAUUACAACAAUCUUUGCCAAUGCGAAACCCUUGACGAUAUCAAGAUGCACCUCUCUGCCACCGAAUACGGCCCUUAUCUCCAAAACGAACCUUCACCAUUGCAUACGACUACAAUUGUGGAGAAAUGUACUCUCAAACUUGUUGAUGAGUAUAAGCAUAUGCUAUGCCAAGCUACAGAGCCGUUGUCCACCUUCUUAGAGUAUAUCACGUAUGGUCAUAUGAUAGACAAUGUUGUCUUGAUUGUUACUGGAACCUUGCAUGAGAGAGAUGUUCAGGAGCUUUUGGAGAAGUGCCAUCCUUUGGGCAUGUUUGACAGCAUUGCAACCCUGGCAGUUGCUCAGAACAUGCGUGAACUCUAUAGAUUGGUUCUUGUUGACACUCCACUGGCUCCAUAUUUCUCUGAGUGUAUUACCUCUGAGGACCUUGAUGACAUGAACAUUGAAAUUAUGAGGAACACUCUCUACAAAGCAUACCUUGAAGAUUUUUACAAGUUUUGUCAGAAACUUGGUGGUGCAACAGCAGAGAUCAUGUCUGACCUCCUAGCCUUUGAGGCUGACAGAAGGGCUGUAAAUAUUACCAUUAACAGCAUUGGCACUGAACUUACUCGUGAUGAUCGUAGGAAAUUAUACUCUAAUUUUGGUCUGCUUUAUCCCUAUGGUCAUGAGGAACUUGCUGUCUGUGAGGAUAUUGACCAGGUUCGUGGUGUGAUGGAAAAAUAUCCUCCCUACCAAUCAAUUUUCUCUAAAUUAUCUUAUGGAGAGAGCCAGAUGCUUGACAAGGCUUUUUACGAGGAGGAAGUGAAAAGGCUUUGCUUAGCUUUUGAGCAGCAGUUCCAUUAUGGUGUUUUCUUCGCAUACAUGAGAUUAAGGGAGCAGGAGAUCAGGAACCUGAUGUGGAUCUCUGAAUGUGUGGCUCAAAACCAAAAGUCUAGGGUUCAUGAUAGUGUUGUCUUCAUAUUUUAGAUGAUCUGCUGCUACUUGGAUUUAAUUAAUGGUAUUGCCUUUUGUUUGAUCAGCUGUAAAUUGCCCUUCCUCUCCCAUAUUUCCAACAUUUGUGUGUUAAAGAAUAAAUUCGCUUAUUAUAUAUAUUUUAUUUGAUAAUUGAGGAUCAAGAAUAAAUUACUUUAUUAUAUAUGUUUUAUUUGAUAAUUGACGAUAAAAUGUUGUAUUCAGAUUGAUAAAUGAUGGAAUUUCUAGGAAAUUUCUUG